GCGCGGCCCCGCGAGGCGCGUCUCUCCCUCGCGAGCUCGGUGAAAGGAUUUGGCGCCAGGCGGGUCCGCUCUGCAGCUGCCGCAGCCGCACGAACCAGCCGCGCCACCCACCCACCCGCGUCCCACCGGGGCCUCGACCCAGCGCCGCCGUCCGACCGAGCCCAGCGCCGCCAGGCACCGCGCCGCCGCCAUGAGCUGCUCGCCCGUCAACGUGAAGAAGCUGAAGGUGUCGGAGCUGAAGGAGGAGCUGAAAAAGCGGCGUCUCUCCGACAAGGGCCUCAAGGCCGACCUCAUGGAGCGGCUCCAGGCCGCGCUAGACCAAGAGGAGGCCGGCGGGGGAGGCCCCGCCAGCAGCGCCGCCGAGCCCGGCAACGGCAGCAUGGAGGGGGAGGCGGCCGAGAUCGGCCAGGAGGGAGGCCCCGACCAGGCCGCGGCCUCCACCGUCGAGGACGACGACGAGGAGGGGAUGGAGGCGGCCGAUGGCGACGCCAUGGAGCUGGGCGAGGAGAACGGCGAGCGGGCGGGGGCCGGGGGCGGCCCGAUGGAGGAGGAGGCGGGCGGCUCGGAGGAGGAGGAAGAGGAGGAUGAGAACGGAGACGACCAGGGCUUCCAGGAGGGGGAGGACGAGCUCGCCGACGAGGAGGAGGCCGCGGCCGGCGACGCCAACGGGCACGGGGAGCAGCAGCCCCCGCAGCAGCAGCAGCCGCCGCCGCUCCUGCAGCCCCAGCAGCGGGGGCCCGCCAAGGAGGCGCCCGGGAAAAGCGGCGCCUCGGGACCCCCGGCAACGGCUCCUGCCGACCCGGCCGCCGCCGCCGCCAAGUACCAGCCGCAGCAGCAGGACAAGAAGAAAGCGGAAGGCGGCGGCGGAGGCGGCCGCCCCGGGGCCCAGGCAGUCGGGGGAGAUACUAAAACAGAACAACAAAAAGCUGGUGAUAAAAAGCGAGGUGUGAAGAGACCACGUGAAGACCAUGGCCGGGGAUAUUUUGAAUACAUUGAGGAAAACAAGUACAGCAGGGCCAAAUCUCCUCAACCACCUGUUGAAGAGGAAGAUGAACAGUUUGAUGACACAAUGGUUUGUCUUGAUACUUAUAACUGCGACUUGCAUUUUAAAAUCUCAAGAGACCGUUUUAGUGCUUCCUCUCUGACCAUGGAAAGUUUUGCCUUUCUCUGGGCUGGAGGGAGAGCUUCCUAUGGAGUUUCUACAGGCAAAGUCUGCUUUGAAAUGAAGGUUACAGAGAAGAUUCCUGUUAAACAUCUGUAUACAAAAGACAUUGACAUACAUGAAGUGCGGGUUGGCUGGUCACUGAAUACAAGUGGAAUGUUGCUUGGUGAAGAAGAAUUUUCUUAUGGAUAUUCUCUAAAAGGAAUAAAGACAUGCAAUUGUGAGACUGAAGACUUUGGUGAGAAGUUUGAUGAAAAUGAUGUGAUUGCGUGUUUUGCUAAUUUUGAAGGUGAUGAAGUGGAACUCUCAUAUUCCAAGAAUGGGCAGGAUCUUGGUGUUGCAUUCAAAAUCAGUAAGGAAGUUCUUGAUGGGCGACCACUCUUCCCACAUGUUCUCUGCCAUAACUGUGCAAUUGAAUUCAACUUUGGUCAGAAGGAUGAACCCUACUUUCCCAUACCUGAAGAGUAUAGCUUCAUUCAGAAGGUUCCAUUAGAAGAUCGGGUUAGAGGACCAAAGGGACCUGAACAAAAGAAAGACUGUGAAGUGGUAAUGAUGAUUGGCUUGCCUGGAGCUGGGAAGACUACAUGGGUUUCCAAACAUGCAGCAGAAAACCCUGGAAAAUACAAUAUCCUUGGAACAAAUACAAUUAUGGACAAAAUGAUGGUUGCAGGUUUUAAGCGGCAGAUGGCUGACACUGGAAAACUUAACACACUGUUGCAGAGAGCUCCACAGUGUCUUGGCAAGUUCAUUGAGAUUGCCGCUCGUAAAAAGCGGAACUUCAUUUUGGAUCAGACAAAUGUGUCUGCAGCUGCGCAGAGGAGAAAAAUGUGCCUGUUUGCAGGCUUCCAGCGCAAAGCAGUUGUUGUUUGCCCAAAAGAUGAAGACUACAAGCAAAGAACACAAAAGAAGGCAGAGGUGGAGGGAAAAGAUCUUCCAGAGCAUGCAGUUCUCAAAAUGAAAGGAAACUUCACACUGCCGGAGGUAGCAGAAUGUUUUGAUGAAAUAACCUAUGUAGAAUUACAGAAAGAGGAGGCUGAGAAGCUCUUGGAACAAUAUAAAGAAGAAAGUAAAAAAUCUCUUCCUCCUGAAAAGAAACAGAAUACUGGCUCAAAGAAGAGCAACAAAAAAAGUGGUAAAAAUCAGUUUAACAGAGGUGGCCAGAGAGGACGUGGAGGAUUCAACAUGCGCGGCAACUUCAGGGGAGGAGUCCCUGGGAACCGUGGUGGAUACAACAGGAGAGGUGGCAAUAUGCCUCAGAGAGGAGGUGGCGGUGGUGGUGGCGGUGGUGGCGGUGGGGCAAUUGGCUAUCCAUACCCUCGUGGCCCUGUCUUUCCAAGCAGAGGUGGUUACUCAAACAGAGGAAACUAUAACAGAGGUGGAAUGCCCAACAGGGGGAACUACAACCAGAAUUUGAGAGGAAGGAGGCAUGGCUAAAAGUCAUGAAGGGUCUUCCAAGAAAGAGUAUGAAAGGUGACAGAGGAUGGCACAGGAAUAUAUGUACAAAUUUGCAGCACUGGUCUGUCAAAAUUCAAGAAAUAUCUUAUAUACCAGCAUCCUAAGGUUGUCAAAACAAAACCUCCCAUUCCAAAGUCAAAAGAUCUUCUAACUCUACCUGAAAGAGAAAAAAAACAGAUAAUGAAAACAAUUAUCCAAACUACUUUUAUUUCUCUCAACUAGCAGAACAAAACCAAGCAGAAAAAAUAAUCUCUCUUGCGGAAGAAAUACAGGAAAACAAUAAAAAAUACUCACUGGUUGCUAAAAAAUGUCCAAGGCCCACAACUAGAGAACCCAGUGACCCAUAGAGUAUUGACUCUCGUGAACAGGGAAUAUUUUGGACAUCAAGGAUUCCUAGUAACUUAAAGGUCUAGAAUUAAAAAAAAAGUAGUUAAAAAUUAUGACAAGAUCUUAAUUCAGAUAAUUUUUUUUAAAGAAAUAAUACAUUAGAGUUGCAUUCUCCAUCCCUCUUUCUGAUUUUCAGACAAAAAACCUGGUCCCCUAUAGAUUAAGUCGUUAGUACAAAACAGUUAAUUUGUUGUUGGUUUUAUUUUAAAUACUCCAUCAGACUUUCAUUAUUUUCAGCUAUACUUGUUUUGUGCAAAACAAUGCACUGUCAUACAAAACAUGAGAUUGUGAAAAUAGAGUCAAAUUCAUCCCAAAUCUAUCCUGUUAGUCCACUGACUGCUACUGAAUUAUGUCAGGGAUGAAUUUGGCCCACUGUGUAAUUCAAUGAUAUGAAGUAAACUGAAAAUUUUACCAAUAAUAUUCAUUCAUUAUAAGCAGUGCCUUCUGAAACCAGAUUGGGGCUAAUAAAGUGAUAAUAUGUUUGCUAACUAGUUCCAUCACUUCAAUUUAAAAAUCUAGAAAAAGGAUAAAUUUCCAUACAGAGGCUCCAAUCUCAACUCUAUCACAAGGCUGACUUGAUCCCCCUUUAGUGUUUGUGUGUGCGCGCAAGGUUGCAUGUGUGUACACACACACACAGCGCGCGCCACGGUAUCUUUCAGAUUUUUAGGGUUGUCACCAUGACAACUAAAAUGUGUUCAGAUUGAGGAAGUAUUUUUUGAGAUUAAGACUUAAAAUGGCUCAAUUCUGAAAUGUCUGCGUCCUACCUGCCCAACAGAGUCACAUUACCCCAUGACAUUUGAGACAUAGGUAGACUUUGGACAUAGGCUAACGCAAGAGGAAGUGUUCAGGGAAAAGAAAAGUAAAAUGUUUUUUAAAACUAUUAUUCAAAAGCUAGACAUGAUCAUUUCAAUGAAAACACUGAUGGAGGGGGGGGGGGAAAAAAAGUGAAGAAUAUUCUUAUCCUCCAAACCCACCAAGGCUAAUUUUCAUCUUUAGGUGCCUAAAUACCUUUAAAAAAUCUGCCCUUAAGUAACUUGCUACAGGUUACAUAAGAUGUUUGUGGUAGAGCUGGAAACAACGCCAAUUUCUAAAUUAAUUGACCCAUGUCUACCCACCAGACCAUACAAGCUCAAACAAACUGCUUUAUAUAGCUUUACUUGGCCAACUGCAAAAUAAGGAUAUUUACCCACUUUAUAAAGUGAUUUGAGAUGUACAGAUUAAAAAUCUAUGUUUUUAUCUUGAACAGGGGUUCUCAAACAGGGGGUCACAAGCUGUCAGCCUCCACCCCAAAGCCUGCUUGCCUCCAGCAUUUAUAAUGGUGUUAAAUAUAUAAAAAAAGUGUUUUUAAUGGGGAGGGAGAGAAGAGAAAAAUCACACUCAGAGGCUUGCUAUGUGAAAGGGGUCACCAGUACAAAAGUUUGAGAACCACUGAUCUUGAAGCAUUGAAAUUCGAUAAAUUAGCUAGGAGGGCUUUGAGAACUAGUAGAUUAAGCAUUAUAUGUGUAGGCAACAGACCAGAGUUCUAACCCUGAGUUUGACACUUAAUUUACUGAGAUGUUUUAAAGCAUAUUUUACCAGCAUUCAGCUUGUAGUUGUGUUGUGCUGCACAUGAACAUGUGACUAACUUAAUUACAUAGUGAACACGUGCAUCUUUGUCAGGCAGGCAUUGCAGGAGACAAUUUGUUUGGGCAGCACUACUCACAAUCCUUUAAUAAUAAUCCAAUGACCUGUCCAUCCCAUUUAAAAUUGUAAAAAGCUAAAUACCUUCAUUUACAUUCACACACAAAAAAAUACCAAUAGUAUGUCUUUUACAAAAUCCAAAAAGAAUUAGUUUUAAAAACCAUACACAUUUCUGUAAGAACAUAUUUCAACAACAGAACAACCUUUACUCUGACCAAAAAUAAAUAAAUAUAGUUCUUGUCAGUAAUCAUUAACACAAUCCUUUUGGGAAAAGACUGUUCUAUGUAGCCUGGGGUUUCUACGGGAAUUGAGUGCCUACUACUCUUAGAUCCCUUUGAAAAUCCAAGCAAUAAACAUAUUGAAUAUUUAUCAGCCUCAAAUGCUGGUCCAAAUACAUAAUUUUACCCAAAACUGAUAGCUAUUCACUUUUCUAUUACAUUAGUCUUCAACAGUAAUUAGAAGUAACAUUACCAAAAGAAAAAACAUUUAACAAUUUACAAUAGGUUAUUAUUUUAGAUUUAUAAAAGCCUCUACAGGCAUCUCUAGAUCCUCUGCUCUGAAUACAGUUAACUGACAGUAUUUCCUACUUAAUAGUAUUCUUCCAAAAAAUCUAUUUAUAUACCAAAAUCAAGAUGAAAAAAUAUGCAUAAAA